GGGCUGCCAUCCCAGCACCCAGCCUGCAUCCACACCCACACCCUCCUUUGGUUCCAAUCCAUUCCCCCUCAUCCUACCCCUGAGCACCUCCAGGCUGUGCAGUCACUCCGUGCUCACAGCACUGAGCUCAGCUCAACGCUCUGAGCUGGGAGCACAGCGUGGGGACGGAGGACUCUGUCACCAAUCCACGCAGCAGGGCGUGCAGCACCGCGUCCCUUGGGUGCUUCCCAUGGGGCCAAACCCGGGCGCUGCUCUGCCCCAGCCUCAGAGCAGUGCUGAUUGCUGGGAUGUGCUGUGUUUGCUCACCCUGCUGGGAGCGGCUGCUCGCAGCUAUGAGAAGCACGGCAGGAAUUCCCAGGGCUGUGGGAUCGCUGCAUGUUUGCCCCGUGACGCAGCGCAGGUGGCACUGAGCAACGGGGAUCAUUGAGCCGUGCCACCCAUCAGCGCUGCUGUGCCGUGGGAUUGUCCCUGCAGCCCCCCACCAUGGGGGCCCUGCUCUUCACAGGGGCAUUUGCCAAAUGGCAAAUUAACAUUGCAGGAUCCUCAGUGCUGGGCCCGGCGCCGAUGGCAGACAAUGUCGACCACUAACAACAUCGCUCAGGCCCGCAAGCUGGUGGAGCAGCUCCGCAUCGAGGCCGGCAUCGAGCGCAUCAAGGUCUCCAAAGCCUCUUCGGAGCUGAUGAAUUACUGUGAGCAGCAUGCCCGGAGCGACCCUCUGCUGGUGGGGGUACCUGCCUCCGAGAAUCCCUUUAAGGACAAAAAGCCCUGCACCAUCCUAUAGCCACCCCAACUGCAGUUUGUGCCCCCCAGGCAGGGCCAGGCCGGAGCUGCUGGCACCGCACAGCGCCGAGGGG